AAGCCAAGCCACUCCAGAAGUCCCAAAAUCAGGAAGAUUCAACUACGAGAGGAGAGGAGAGGAGAGCCAUCAUCAUCCUUCCAAUGGCUACUAUCACUUGAGAAAGAGAGAGAUUUUUUAUUGAUUUAAGGCCAAAAGCAAGAAACUCUUCCCUCCCAACAAACAAACUCUUCUUCUUUCUCUCUUUCAAUUUCCCCCAAAUGGCUGCAACUGCAAUCUCUUCUCUUUCCUUCCCAGCGUUGGGACAAUCGGACAAGAUCCCCAACUUCGCGCCUUCUCGUCCUCUGGCCUCCGCAAUUCGCAUCUGUACCAAGUUUUCUCGCCACUCUUUGACUUACCGUUCCACUUCCAGAUCUCCUCCUAUCCACUGCAUGUCCAGUGUUACCGCCGCCGAUGAUGUGCCUCCUGUAUCAGAGACAAAGUCGAAUUUCCUAAAAGCUUACAAGCGACCCAUCCCGAGUAUCUACAACACGGUUUUGCAGGAGCUCAUUGUACAGCAGCAUUUGAUGAGGUAUAAGAGGACUUAUCGUUAUGAUCCUGUUUUUGCACUUGGCUUUGUCACUGUAUAUGAUCAGCUCAUGGAUGGAUAUCCGAGCGAUCAGGAUCGAGAUGCCAUUUUUAAAGCUUACAUCCAAGCCUUGAAUGAGGAUCCUAAGCAAUACCGAAUUGAUGCGCAGAAGAUGGAGGAAUGGGCACGAAGUCAGACUUCUGCUUCCCUUGUUGACUUUUCCUCUAAGGAAGGAGAAGUUGAAUCACUUCUGAAGGACAUUGCAGGAAGAGCUGGGAGUAAGGAGGGUUUCAGUUACAGCAGGUUCUUCGCUGUUGGGCUCUUUCGUUUGCUUGAGCUUGCCAGUGCCACUGAUCCUACUGUGUUGGACAAGCUUUGUACAUCCCUAAAUAUCAACAAGAAAAGCGUGGAUCGGGACCUGGAUGUGUAUCGUAACCUGCUGUCAAAGCUUGUCCAAGCCAAGGAAUUGCUUAAGGAGUACGUCGAAAGGGAGAAGAAGAAGCAAGGGGAAAGAGCCGAAUCCCAGAAGACUAAUGAAACAAUCUCCAAGUGUCUCGGAGAUACUCUGUAUAACCCAUCUUUCUUAGCUGAAUGGAAAGCGUAAAAUAAUCAAAUUGUUCCGUUUUUUUGU